AACUUACCAAUUCCCAAACAAACCAAAGUUGAAUGUAAAGAUUAUUCAUCUAAGUUAUACCUAUAAGCCACCUUCUCUUUUCUCUCUCUCCAAAGCAAAAACAAAAGAUUAUGGAAGAAAUGAUCAACAAAUUAGAAAUUAAUCAUCAUGAUCAUGAUGAUCAAUACAUUUUUAGAUCAAAACUUCCUAAUAUUUACAUCCCAAAUCAUUUACCUCUUCACAAAUAUUGCUUUGAAAACAUUUCUCAAUUUAGUUCACGCACUUGUUUAAUCAAUAGUGCCACGGGUGCGACAUACACUUAUGCCGAUGUUGAUCUUACUGCCAAAAGAAUCGCCCUCGGGCUCCACAAACUCGGUAUCGAACAAAGAGAUGUCAUCAUGCUCUUACUUCCGAAUUCGCCCGAAUUCGUGUUCUCGUUCCUCGGAGCAUCGUUCCGAGGCGCGAUUAGCACGACCGCAAACCCGUUCUACACUCCGUCCGAAAUCACGAAGCAAGCGAAAGCAUCGAACGCGAAGCUCAUCGUAACACAAUCUUGCUACGUCGAUAAAAUCAAGAGUUACGCUGAGGAAAAUAGAGUUAAAAUCGUGUGUGUGGACGAUUCCUUGCCGUUACCCGAUGGAUGCCUUAGUUUCGCGGAGUUAUUGUUAACUACUACUCAUCAAUCUGACGAAAACAAUUGCACUGAUGACAACAUCAUUUUAUCUGAUAGUGUAAAAAUUCUUUCUGAUGAUGUGGUGGCAUUACCUUAUUCGUCCGGUACGACGGGGUUACCAAAAGGAGUGAUGCUAACACAUAAAGGACUUGUUACAAGUGUGGCACAACAAGUUGAUGGUGAAAACCCUAAUCUUUAUUUCCAUAGUGAAGAUGUGAUCAUGUGUGUUUUGCCAUUGUUUCAUAUUUAUUCUCUCAAUUCAAUUUUGCUUUGUGGAUUGAGAGUUGGUGCAACUAUUUUGAUAAUGCAAAAAUUUGAGAUAAAAGGAUUAAUGGAGUUAGUGGAAAAAUAUAAAGUAACAAUUGCACCAUUUGUGCCACCUAUAGUAUUGGCUAUUGCAAAAAGUCCAUUGGUAGAUAAAUAUGAUUUGUCAUCUAUAAGGAUGAUAAUGUCAGGGGCAGCACCAAUGGGAAAAGAGCUUGAAGAUACUGUUAGAGCUAAAUUGCCUAAUGCCAUACUAGGACAGGGAUAUGGCAUGACUGAAGCAGGCCCAGUAUUAUCAAUGUGUUUAGCAUUUGCAAAACAACGGUUUGAUGUCAAAUCAGGUUCCUGUGGGACAGUUGUUCGUAACGCCGAGAUGAAGAUCGUCGAUAGCAACACCGGAACACUGCUUCCCCGGAAUCAUGCCGGAGAAAUAUGCAUUAGAGGUGAUCAGAUCAUGAAAGGAUAUUUGAAUAAUCCAAAAGCAACUGAGGAAACAAUAGACAAAGAAGGAUGGUUACAUACAGGUGACAUUGGAUACAUAGAUGAUGAUGAUCAAGUGUUCAUAGUCGAUAGAUUAAAAGAAUUAAUAAAAUACAAAGGAUAUCAAGUGGCUCCUGCUGAAUUAGAAGCUAUGCUUAUUUCUAAUCCAAACAUUAUUGAUGCUGCUGUUGUCCCGAUGAAAGAUGAAGUUGCUGGAGAAGUUCCUAUUGCAUUUGUAGUGAAAGCAAAUGGUAGUAAUAUUACUGAGGAAGAGAUUAAACAAUAUGUAUCCCAACAGGUUAUAUUUUACAAGCGAAUAAAUCGAGUAUUUUUCAUAGAAGAAAUUCCAAAAGCUCCAUCAGGGAAAAUACUUCGAAAAGAUUUAAGAGCUAAACUUGCAGCAGAUUUAGCUAGUUCACUUUUGUUAUAGAAUUUGUUUUUAGAUAUUCUAUAUGUUUUUUGUUUCUUUUAAUUAUUUCAUGAUAUAUAGGAAUUUGUAAAAAAAUAUGAACCAAAUUUAUAUGCUUAUAAUUGUUUGAUUUGUAUAUUGAACCAACGAAAUCACUUUUGGCUAUAUUGACUAUGGUGUUUUUUUUU